CACCCACUGCCAUAUUUUAAACAUUUGUUGUAAAAUUCUCAUUUUAUUGGUUUUAUUUUUGAGUUUUAUUUCAUUAGAAAAUACCUUCAAACUCUCCAGGAAUGUAUGUCAGAUCAUGUGUUCCCAAAUUACACAUUUGAUUUUAUAAUUAUACAGUGUAAAAAUGCUAACAUAUUUUCUUUGUAUUGUUUCUUGGAGAAAAUCAGUAUGUGAUAGAGGGCUUAAGAGAUCAAAAUGAACAAAACUUUUAAAGACAAUACAAUUCAGUUUUUUCAGAGCAUGUGAACCAAUAGCAAGGCUCACACUGACACCCAUAAGACAAUGUCCAGCAACCCUCACACACAUGGAUCGGAGCAUUGCACAUAACUAGGGGGAAUUCCUGGCAUCAGCAGUAGCCUGGAGGAAAGGUACCAUUGCUCUGAGCUGAAAGCAGAACCAGAGCACGAGUUAAUUGGAUACCUGCAGCACUGUGCCGGUAAGGUGAGGUAAAGUGCAGGAGCUGUGAACUCAUGGGGCUCUCCAGAAUGAACUGAGGUAGUGUUGGACAGAAGAGACCUGGGAUGUGGAAGUUCUACUUCUUGGACGGCAUGUUUGCAGAAUUUGAAAAUGAGGGUAUGGAUGCAUUCUUUGCAUCAUGGCAAAAGACAGCUACUGUGGGAACUGACAUCCUGCAAAUUCCUUAGCCAUGUGCUUUGUAGAAGGACUCAUUUUGUUCGUUGAUUGAGAAGCUGAUAGAGCUGCUGGAGGAGGUGUUUUUCAGGUUGGACAGGAAGUUGGGGGAGGAAGAAGAGGAAGAGAAGGAGCAGGAGAUUAGCUGUCUUGGGAGGGAGGAAAGGAAGAGGAGGACAAGGAGGUAUUCAGUUUGCAUAGAAUGUACAUGGGUUUUUCUUCAAAGUUUGUACUCACCUCUGAAACCAUGAGAACAGACUGUUAGUUCUACUGUUGAAUUCUCACACAGACCCGCAGGACUCUACGAGAUGUGGAGAAGAAUAGAAAUGAGGCUGUUGUGUUCGGAGAGAUUUUCUUGUAGAGUAAGCCCUUGGCAUUCUUAGUCCCCCUUUCUCCAGCUUUUCAAGGACUGCUUUCCCACAGCAGCAAGUUGGCCUUGAGCAAAUGACCAACAGUCAUCCAGCUUUCUGAUAAUGAAAUUUUAAAAUAUUUGUUAUUUUUAAUUGUGUAUGUGAAGGAAUGGGCCUACAUUUCAGAAAGCAACGGCUCGUCUGGCGCUACAGGUUUGUGAGUCACCUGUGGUGGGCGCUGGAAACCAAGCUAGGUCCAUCUGGAAGAACAGUGCGUGCUCCUGAAACUGAGCCAUCCCUCCAGCUUUGUCUUCUGAUGUUUGAAGCAAUGCCGGUCUGCUCUGCCGAGAUUUGACAGGCUGUACUAUGCGCAUGCGCACUGACCUUUACUGGCUUUAGACGCAAGCACAUGUUCAUGCACAAGGGCAUAUCUAUAGCUCGUGUUCUGCACACCCUUGCAUACUUGUGUCCACUAGCAUGGCUUGACAACAGCCGUUCUGUCAACUGUCUCUUCAGUUGCUAUCAACUGAAACACUAAACCAGGAACUGACUUGAGAGGAUGUUGAGGAGACUUGGCUAGUCUAUAACAAACAAUAAUAUUUGGAUCAGGAGGGGUGGACUUAUUAUAUCAUUGAUAUCGCGAUAAGGAGGGGUAGACUAAUUAUAAUAUGCAAAAUAUUAAAAACAGGAGGGUGGGCUUAUAAUUUGAUAUGAGAUGGAGAGGGUUGGCUUGUUAUAAUAACGUUGGUUGAUACCAGGUCGGGUAACGGUUGGCUUGCUAUAAACCGUGCCUGAUAUGGGAGGGAGGAUGCCUCAGGGUUCCCAAGGCUUCUCUGGGCUCUGUAAAUGUCAGAAAAAGUAUCUUGAAGAGACGCCCUUGGGUUUCUGCGACAUCAAGGCACCGAGAAACACCCCGUGCUUUGGGACUCAGGAUCCUGCGUAUUUAGACAUGGCAUACUUUCCUGACAACGAUCUGCACAUGGCAGCCUGUGCGGGAGAUUUACCUUUUGUGCGGCUGUACUUAAGUCUGGGGAAAUACGAAGUCAAUCACAGAGACAAGGAGAAUAGGAGUGUCCUGCACUUUGCCUGCUUCUAUGGAUAUCCAGACCUGGUGAAAUACCUCUGGAGGCGUGGCUGUGAGAUUAAUGCAUGUGACAAUCAUAACAUCACACCCCUGAUGAAGGCUGUCCAAAGCUGGGAAGAGGAAAUCGUGUGUUUUCUGCUAGAGCAUCAUGCUAACCUGCACAUUAAAGACAGCAAUGGUAAUACUGCUCUCCACUAUGCAGUCUAUGGUGGGGAGCCAGCCCUGGCUGCCAGGCUGCUACAGUAUGGAGCAAAUAUUGAGGAAAGAACAAAAGAUAACCUCACACCACUACUGCUUGCUCUCAGGGAAGACAGGCUGAAGAUGGCAGAAUAUUUAGUAAGGAUGAAAGCAAGUGUACAUGCAGUUGACUUUCAGAGAAGAACUUCUCUCAUGUAUGCUGUAAGAUGUGAUUCAUCAGUUAUGGUCAAUCUUCUUCUUCAACAAGGUGUUGACAUGAAUUUUAAAGAUUUCUUUGGAUGGACUGCUUUACGUUAUGCUAUUGAAGGUGACCGUGAGGUGAGGACAAUACUUUUGGAGUAUGAGCGUAACCUAAAACAAAGCUUAAGAGAGAAGAAGAAUUCAGGAUAAUGCUGGCUGUGAGCUUAGGUAGAGUAGAAUGGAUCAAGUCAUGUACGAGGGAAAAUCCACCAGAAUAACAACAGCUGAUUUCUCAGUAGAAACUUUAAUCAGUAGAAGAGCCUUGAAGAAUGCACUUCAAGAUCUAAAAGACUGCAGAUGCCUAGAUUACUGUACCCAGCAAAACUAUCUACCAUAGUUGAAGGAGAAUGAGAAACUUCCCAUGAUACAAAUAGGCUAAAAGACUUCAAACCCACUGUUGGGCCCCAAAGGCCUGGUUGUGAGGUCCAGUGUAACUUCCCGAGCCUAGCUCGAGUUUGGUGACCUGUCCUGGGACAUGACUUCUGAAUACGAGUGACUCAGCACUACCUGACCAAGAAUCGCCUCUGCCUAAUAACUGCUGAGGUGGCAUCAUCUCAUUGACCCACUAUCCUCAACUCAUCCCCCCGUCACCCCAACCUAUAUAAGUUCACUCCUGAUGCAAUAAAGCGAGUUCCUGCGACAAGA